CAUGUAUGAGUGCACAUAACAAGCUGACGGCUGUUGCUCCAUGGCGUCUUGAGGACGAGAUAAAACCUACAGACGUGUGGCGCAGGACUUGAGGUAUAAUCGUCACUGCUGUUGUCCACGUGCAUUCUCUUAAAGCGGCGAAAAUGUUCUUUAUUACUUUACAUCUCCAGGUGAAAAGCAUUACAGAAAGCUGAUGGUCAAAGAAGGCAUUUGCAUUUUCUUCGUUGGCACCGUCUCGCAGACAGGACAUCAUCAAGAUGGCAAAAGCAGGGCAGCAGAAUGGCAGAACUGCGGAAGUAAAGGUCGCGCUGGUGGGGGACAAACACGUGGGGAAGACAUCGCUGUUGACACGCUUUCUGCGCGGAACCUUCUCCCAGCAUUACCACCACACUAGAGGAGGGGAUAUUGAGUACAUGGACUUUCCUCUGAACGGCACAACGAUCCGUGUAAAGCUCAUUGAUUCAGCUGGUCACAGGCGUGUGCGUUCUCUCAUCAAAUCACUGUACCGUGACGCGCAUGCUCUGCUGGUCGUCUUUGACGUAACGCGGGAAAAAACUUUGGAGUCCGUGCCAGACUGGAUCCAGGAGAUCAAUCAGGUCAAUACAUCCAAUCCUGUCAUUUUCCUGGUGGGCAGCAAACAGGAUCUGACGCCAUAUCGAACUGUUCAACCGGAACGAGCGCAGCAGAUGAGUGACCUCACGAAGCUACCCUACUAUGAGACGAGCAGCCGCACUGGACACAACGUCAGUCGCGCUUUCACUGACCUCAUCCGUCUCACAUAUCACAACCUGACCAUGGGCGGUGACAAGCUGGACGAUGGUUUUGCGGACAGCGUGCGGCUUCUGGGCAAAGUUAAAGGGGAAGAACACCGUCAGAUGCUGUUGUACGAGCUGACAGGAUGUUACCUCAGCAUGGAGUACGUCACGUGAUAAGCUGAUGCCUGACCUUUAAUUUUCUCACGAGACUGCCCACAUUCUGUGUCUUUCAAGGUUGCCUAAUGCCUUGCCAACGACUUACCCAACAUAUGUCAGGGAUAUUCUGCAUUUACAGUGUCUAUCUAACGUGUUUAAACAGUUUCAGCAGCUUUAUGUUACGUUGUAUAAGUGUAUUUAUUGCUGUUGUUACAUACCGGUGAUCAUGUGCAUCACAAUGCUCCGUUUUUGCUCUACAAAUUAUGUUGAUUGAUGAUUUUAGGGGUGAGAGAAAGAGUGAGAAAAUAGAUAAAGAGGAGGAGAAGAAAGAGUGAGUGAUUGAGAAAAGCUACCAGACAUGAAUGUAGUAUAUAACUGUAUUUUAUCAGUCUUCGAAAUCUCGUAAUCUCUCUAGUGAUACUUGGACGAACUUUGAAAGAAACAUUAUCCAAAGACGACAGAGGGAGGACAGCGCUGGAAGGUCCCUCGUCUGUUGUGUGGAAGUGUUGAGUGUUGCUUCCGCUUUCUCUCUUUAACAAUACCGAAGCAUAAACAUCUUUGACAUUAACUCCUAUGUUUUAUUAUUCCUUUUUAUAUAAUAGCGAGAAAUCAAUCAAUGUUAAAAUUAACCCCUACAUGCAUUAAAAGUGUUGUAUUCAUAAUAUUUAUUUGUAUUUUCAUGUUACUGAGAUGACCUUUUCAGUGAGUAACAUGAAAGCUCGAAUAUGUUUUGACAGCUUCAUUUGUUAGUUCAGAUGAAGACUUCUAGAAACAUCUAAAUUUCAUCUGUUUCUCAACGUGUACCGAAUUUGUGACGCCAGUUUUGAAAGACACCAGUUGUAUAAUUAAGAAAAGAUAUCAUUAGGAUAUUUAGUGUAAUUUUAAUA